AUGAAAUUCCCGCGCCUCGACUUCACUUUUCCCGCUCAGUAAACCCUAAUCAGAGAUGGGACAGAAGCAACAAGCCUCUGCUGAUCCAUGCCCCAAAACUAAGAAAAAGCGUCGCGUCGUCUUCUCCGCCAUCGAUACUGGUGUUGCAGCAAAAGAUUGCAUCAAAAUCUACCUUGUUUGUACCAAAGAGGAAGUGGGAAGUACAGAUUGUCUUUGUAUUGACCCAGUUGACUUGAACAACUUCUUUGAGGACGAAGAGGGAAAGAUUUAUGGUUACCAAGGCUUGGAGAUUACCGUAUGGUUCAGCAUUGUCUCAUUUCAGGCCUACGCGGAUAUUGUUUUUGAGAGUACGUCUGAUGGCGGUAAGGGUGUUACAGAUCUGAAAUCUGCACUUCAGAAUAUAUUUGCCGAGACUCUUGUGGACAACAAAGAUGAAUUCCUUCAAACUUUUUCGAAGGAUGUCAAUUUUAUUGGAUCCCUGGUUGCAGAUGGAGAAGUACUGUAUCCUAAAGAUUCCUCCAACGGGCAAUUUUUCAUUUCUAACUUUCAUUUACAAGCAGCUAAUUCUGAUUUGGAGGUCUUUCGAUUGGCUAUGGACAAUAUGGCUGGAAGAAACCUCUAUAGUCGCUUGGUUCCUCUUGCUCUUCUUCUUAUUGAUGGUAGCAGCCCUAUUGAUGUUUCUGAUCCAAGAUGGGAGUUGUAUGUCCUUAUUCAGAAGAACAAUGGUCAAAUGGGGCAAACACAUCCUACAUUGCUAGGAUUUGCUGCCCUUUAUCGCUUCUACCACUAUCCUGACAGUUCUCGCUUGCGUCUGAGCCAGAUACUUAUUCUCCCUCCUUACCAGCGCAAGGGCUUUGGGUUUUUCCUUUUAGAGGUGCUGAACAAUGUUGCAAUAUCAGAAAAUGUUUAUGACUUUACCAUUGAAGAGCCAUUAAGUCAGCUACUACAGAUGCGAACUUGCAUUGAUGUUAGACGUCUGCGGGGAUUUGGCCCCAUUCAAGAAGCUGUAGAAUCUGCCGUUUCUCAAUUUAAACUUGGGAAGCUAUCAAAGAAGGUUUCCUUCCCUCCGCUUUUACCCCCAACUGCGGCUAUUGUAGAUGUUAGAAAAAGUUUGAAAAUUACGAAGGAACAGUUCUUACACUGUUGGGAGAUACUAGUCUUUUUAGGUCUCGAACCCGACAAGCACAUGGAAGAUUUUAUUCUUGCAGUUUCAAGUAGAAUGCGAGAUGAAUUGCUUGGUGAAAGCUCAGACGCCGAAGGGAAACAAGUGAUCGAUGUUCCUACUGAUUAUGAUCAAGAGAUGUCAUUUGUAAUGUUCAGAUCAACGAGCAAUGCGACUAGCAUUGAGGCGGAUGAAUACCGGGCUAAUCAAGAAGAACAACUCAAAAAGCUAGUAGACGAUAGAGUGAAAGAAAUCAAGCUGAUUGCACAAAAGGUAUCUGCAGUUUAAUUCCCGAACAUAUCACGCCUUUUUAGAGCUCUCUUUUAACAAAAAUCUGUUCACUGAAGCAGCAGAUUGUUUAUUAUUCGUCCCCGAUUAAUUGGGAUGAACAGAUUACCAGGGUUUUUCCAGAAUCGAGGAAAGUUUGCCGUAACUUUCUGAGUUCUUCGACCUUGAAUCUUGACUAAAGUAUCACAAUUCCUUGUACCAUAUGAAUUAGUGUAUUUGUCACUGUAGGAAAGGGCCAGAGGAAAGUAGUCUGUACUAGGAUCUAAAUGGAUAGACAUUUUGCCGUAAAAAUGGUGUCAACUAUGGCCAAUCAGCUGUAUGAUGUCGACUUUGGCUAGCUUGAUAAUGGCUUGUGAUAUGAUCUCGAAUAUAAGUUAUUUCCAUAUUGAACUAUUA